GUGGGUCCUGGGGAGCUCUGGGGACAUGGAGGUGGUUUAUGGGGAGCUCUGGGGACAUGGAGGUGGUUUAUGGGGAGCUCUGGGGACAUGGAGGUGGUUUAUGGGGAGCUCUGGGGACAUGGAGGUGGUUUAUGGGGAGCUCUGGGGACAUGGAGGUGGGUCCUGGGGAGCUCUGGGGACAUGGAGGUGGUUUAUGGGGAGCUCUGGGGACAUGGAGGUGGUUUAUGGGGAGCUCUGGGGACAUGGAGGUGGUUUAUGGGGAGCUCUGGGGACGUGGAGGUGGUUUAUGGGGCGUCCUGGGGAGCCGGGCAGGCCGGGCUGACCGCGCCGUGCCGCGGCUCCCGCAGGAUGAGGGAGCGGUGGCUGCCGGUGGCGCUGCUGGCCGGGCCCCUCCUGGCCGUGUACCUGCACGUCCCGGCCCCGCAGCUCUCCCCGGCGCUGCGCUCCUGGAAAUCCUCCGGCAGCUUCUUCACCUACAAGGACCUGAGCAUCUUCUACAGAGAUUCCAGCGGCGCCGUGGGCAGCUCGGACGUCGUGGUGCUCCUGCACGGCUUCCCAACGUCCAGCCACGACUGGAGCAAGAUCUGGGAAGGGCUGACCCAGCGCUUCCACCGGGUGAUUGCCCUGGAUUUCCUCGGAUUUGGAUUCAGUGACAAGCCUAGGCCCCAUGGCUACUCCAUCUUCGAGCAGGCCACCAUCGUGGAGGGGCUGCUGCGGCACCUCGGGCUGCGGCACCAGCGCAUCAACCUCCUGUCCCACGACUACGGGGACACGGUGGCCCAGGAGCUGCUCCACAGGUUCGAGCACAACAAAACUGGCAGCAUCCUGAUCAACAGCCUCUGCUUGUCCAACGGAGGGAUUUUUCCCGAAACAAACCACCCCCGCUUCAUCCAGCAGCUCCUCAAGGAUGGGGGGCUGCUGUCCCCCCUCCUCCUGCGGCUGAUGAACUUCUUCUUCUUCUCCGGAGGGCUCAGGGCAGUUUUUGGGCCCUACACUCAGCCCUCGCAGGCGGAAUUCUGGGAUAUGUGGACGGCAGUGCGCAAUAACGACGGGAACCUCGUCAUGGACAGGUACCUCGGCCUGAAUUCCUGCAUGUCACACCUGCUCCGAGCUUCCAGAGCUCAGCCAGCCUCUCCAGAACUUCCAGCUGCUGAUUUUGGAGUCUGGGACCACCAUUACAUCCCAAAAAAGAGCCUGGGGAGGGGGGGUGGAGUUGGGAUUCUCUGGGAUGAUGCAAGGUUGGAGCUGGAUCUGAGAUGUGGAUUUUUUUUUUCUUUGGAAGUCAAGGGUUUGGAUUUUGGUGGGGUUUGGAGCUCAGUCUGUGGCAGGUAUUUGAGCAGACCCAGGAAAGAUUUACCUCUGGAUUUGAACCUCCUGGGCCAUUCCCAGAAGUCCCAAUCCCGAAUCUUCAGCUUGGCAAUUUUGGAAGGACGUGUUUCUUGCAGUUUGUGGCUCUCAGAAGGUUCUUGUGCUGGUGGUUGAGUUCAGCUCCUCAUCUCCCCUUCCCCAGUGGGAGAACAGAGUCCCUGAGGCCAGGGAUGAUGGUGUGGUGCUGGAUUCCCACAGGAGAUGCAGAUCCCACCCGGAUUUCAUGUGGCCACAGCCCCAGGAGCAAAUUCCAAGCUGGGCAGCAUCCACUGCAUAACAAGAACUUCUCCUUCAGUAUUUUGCAGUACAUAAACCAGAGGAAGAAGCACAGAGAGCGCUGGGUUGGGGCUUUGAUGUCUACCUCAGUCCCAUGUGAGUAGGAAUCCAUCCCUUUACUGCUUGGGAUUUUUGGGAAUUGCCCCCCCUCACUUCCAGGCUCCUUUCCACUCAUCGGCCUCUCUUUAUCCUGAGCUCAAAUCCAGUUUGGCAGCAGAGAUAACAUUCCCUGGUUCACAGCUGGUUCUCCAAGUGCUGCUCCAGGGAAGUUGAGGAGCUUUUUAUCCAAAAAGUUUGAACCAGGGAAAAAUUUGGGGGUUGGAGGCUGGAUUGACCCCAGGGCAGCCCAGCAAAAGCCCAGCCAGAGCUGUUUUGUUCAGUGCUCCACUGGAAGCUUCCCAAGCUUUGUGUGAGGAGAGAACACUCCUGCAGGUCUCCUUGGGGAUGUUCUAAUUAAUGAAUCCAUUCAUUUAUGGCUGUAAAAGCUCUGUGUGUGCUUCCCUUGCAGUGCAUCUCAUCUACGGGCCCCUGGACCCCGUGAAUCCACACCCAGAGUUCCUCCAGCUUUACAAGUAAGACAAAAAUGGGAAUGUGCAGCUGGGGCUUCAUUCCAAGGGAUAUUUUUCCUGGCUAUUCCUUCAAUUCCAUCCUCAAGGAGAGUGUUUUUAAUUCCCACUGGCACCUGCACAGCCAGGUGGUUCAGUCAGAGCAGUUUGGAAAUUGGUUCUGCAUUUUCAGUCAUGAAAAUGAAAAUUUUCAGUCAUGAUCCAUUUCAAAACCACAGAGAUUUGUUUCCUGAGGAAGUCUCCUCCUCCAAACUAACCUGAAGGAAAUGCAGCACUUGGAUGGGGUCAGAUGGAGCUGCUCCAGGCUUUUUUUAUCCCAAAAAUGGGCACAAUCCUGGCUGAGGGUGCAGCAGUUCCUGUGCUUGAGCCUUGCUGUGUUUUCCCCCAGGAAGAUGCUGCCCAUGUCCACAGUGUCUGUUCUGGAUGAGCACAUCAGCCACUAUCCCCAGCUGGAGGAUCCCCUGGGAUUUCUGAAUGCCUACCUGAACUUCAUCAACUCCUUCUGAGCUGCUGCAGCUCAGUUCUCACUCUUGGCUCAGAGUCAGGCUUUGGGGGCAGGAAAAAAAUAUUGAUUUUCUCUCCCAAAUCCAACACUGUGCUCACACCCUCAUCCUGGGCUGCCAAACUGAGUUAAAUCCUUGGAGAGCUGGAAAAAUGAGGGGAAAAGCAGGAGUCUGACAGCUCUUCCAGCCCUGCAUUCCCCUUCUUGUCCAGCUGAACUCAGCAGAGGUUUAAAUUAUGAAAUCAGAAUUUCUAACUUCCCUCAUCGCCCUGACUUGGGAAGAAACAACCACUUCAUCAGCAGGGAGAGGCAGAAGUUCCCUCACAAAAUCCCUCCAUCCCCCUCCCUUCCCAGUUUUCCAUAUGGGAUUUUUCCCAAUCUGAGCCCAGGAAAAGGCUGCCCUGAGGUUUGGUUGUUAUAUUACCUGACAUAAAGCUCAGAGAACUGAAUCUGCCUCAAGAGAUGGAGUUUAAUCUCUCUCUGUACAUUGGUUUUUUUGUGUGGAAGAAGAGACAGUCACAAAAAUACUGCAAAUGUGGAGGUUUGGGGUGGUUUUCAACUGCUGAUGUUGGGAAUUUAAUAGCAUCCCUUUAGGAAUAAGGGGGUUUUGCUUAAUAAACAGCCAUUAUGGGAUAUUUUUUCUGUACAGGAGCAGACAGAAUUAGAACAAAAAAAUUCUAUUUUAUUAACAGUAAAAUUCAUAUGAAUUCCACCACUUGAACCAGUGUUUAUUUUCUGUUAAUAAAAAGCAAUUUUGACAAAAA